GGCAGUCACUCCGAAAUAACCUUCCUUCUCGGGUCACCUGAUCUACUUUUUUUCCGUCAGAGCGCAAAAUGGCGUCGAGCAUCUUUCUUCUCGCUCUGUUGAGUGUGUCGUGCUGUGCCGCAUGGGGAAAAUCCUGUGACGUUCCAUCACGGUUUUGGUGCGAAACACGAGAGCUUGCUGCUGAAUGUGGCGUGUACCACCAGUGCAAGGAACGUGAGUGGACGCAGUACCCGGACGCCCCUCUCGUGGACUUUACCCUGUACUACGAGACGCUCUGUCCCUUCUGUCAGCGGUUCUGGACCGUGGAGCUCUUCCCGACCUACCAGAAGAUUGGACACAUCAUGAACGUCACCGUGGUGCCCUACGGGAACGCGAGGGAACACAAAGAUGGGGACCUUUGGAAGUUUGAAUGUCAGCACGGGGAGGAGGAAUGCCUGGGAAACAUUAUCCAGACAUGCACCAUCGCCAUCGUACAGAACAAGACACAGUACUUUCCCUUCAUCAACUGUAUGGAGGGGUCUUCGGUAUCUAUCAAGGCAGCUGCCGAGAAGUGUGCCAAGCAGUUCCCGGUCCCCCUGGAAGAUAUCAUGAACUGCACCGUAAGCAAACGAGGCAACGAGCUAGAGCAUGAGAUGGCCGUCAAGACAGACAACCUCCGUCCUCCCCACACUGGAGUACCCUGGGUCACUCUCAACGGGGGCAAGAAACCAGCAGCGUGUGACCAGUAAGUUCUGGAGCAGACGUGGACUGAUGUAACUGGCAGGUUUCAGUUGUACAUUCACUAUAUUGAUGACGCGACAUGUUCCGCUAGACGCUGCUAAUGCUGGCUUUCCUUCAUGGAGGAAGUUCUAUAUGUUUAUAAUUAAUGUGUUACGUGCAAAAGUUACUCAUGUGAAUGAUUAUAAGUAUUUUGCACCAUCGUAGACAAUGUUCAUGUCAUUUCAUGACUCCAAGGUGAAAAACUCCAGUAUGAUUAUUACGACUGCUCUCAUCCUAGUUGGAAGAAGUAACCUAACAAAAUUAUAUAUAUGUGUUGCUAUAUUAUUAUGGUGAUGAGAAUGGAAUGUACCCCAACGGUCAAAGUAUAUUAUUUUGUUGAUACAGAGUGCGGCACAGACUCUUUUUUGGGGGUUUGUUCUGAGCUGACCAUCCUAGAACUAGAACUUACAAAUUGAACAUUUCAAGUUGAUUAUGUCUUUAAAAUGUGAGCCUGUGGGACAUGAUUAUUUUAUAUCAAACACCUUGCUGAUUUGAUGUUAAGCCUAUACGUACGCCCUAGGGUCAUUUUGUACCCUCGGGGUUGAAUUCUUCACAUUUUAGAAUACUUCUAGUACGAGCAUCUC